AUGGAAUAUGAAAUUGUAGGUGUUGUGGAAAAUUCGAUGACAUCUUCAUCAUCCGAUCACGAUAGUUCAGCAAGUUUACCGUCACCUCCAAAGCAAGCAUUAAUGGAUGACGAUUUUGUUAAAACUCUUGAGCAACUUUCGAAACAACAAAAUUCACGAGUAUUAAGCAAUGCAGAACAAGGUAUUACUCCUCAACAUGGUAAUUUCAGGACUGUACUGAAAAGACCUGAUUUAAAAGGUGCUUAUCUUUGUUUCAUGUUCUGA